AGCUCAUCUGUCUCACAUACUAUUGAAAUCUCACACAAACACAUACACACAACCACAUACACACACCCACACACCCACAACCACAUACACACAACCACACACAGUAGUGCAGCACAAGUCAGUCUCUCUCUGUCUCACUUUGAUGGGAGGAACUAAUCUGGGGGCGUGAACAAAGAUGAAUAAAUAAAGAACAGAAAAGAAGAGAGAGAGCCAUGGUGCUGAUUGAGUGGGAAGGGGGGAGUAUAUUGAGGGAGCAGGGAGGGAGAGAGGGAGGAGGAGAGACAUGGGCAGUCCGCCAACUCUGACGAAAGCUGCUUAGCCCAACCAGUUGCCAUGGAUACAGUCAGGAGUAGCACCCGGCGUGUGUGUGUUUGAGAGAGAGAAAGAGAGAGAGAGAGAGAGAGAGAGAGAGAGAGAGAGGGAAAACCAACAGGCAAGCAUCAGAUAGAACCAGUGAGGAAGCAAGAGAGUACCAGGCUGCAGGACAGAGAGAGAGUGUGAGUGAGAGAGAGAGAGAGAGCGGAACAGAGGGAAACAGCCGGAGAAAUUGAGUGAUAGAGAUAGCUAGAAGAUGGAGGUGCAGUCAGAAUGUGUGGAACCUCCUCCACCUCCUCCUUCUGUUCCCCCAUGCGAUCCCCAACCGCCAGGGAAGAUCAACAAAGCAGCCUUAAAGCUGUUUGGAAAACGACGCUCCAGCUCCGGAAUGGCCAGAUUCUUCUCCUUCAGGAACAAAGAAGCCAAUGGGAAUGGGAAUUCCGAGAAUGGGAAUUCUGUGAAUGGGAAUUCUGCGGGGACGGCUAACGAGCUCGUCAGGAGUAAAACGCAUGAUGGACUAACAAGCUCGGAGACAGAUGGACAGAGAGGGGAGGAGUCCGGAAUAUCAGAGGCGGGACAGGUGAGGUCUCUCAGCAAAUCACUGAGCUUCUUUUCGCUGCUCAGACGAGGAAGUGUGAGAGCUAAUGAGAAUACAGGGUUUGGAAGCAGGGGGAGGGGUUUAAAAGGCUUCUUUAGUAGUAUAAGGUGGCGGCGGAAGGAGAGAGUGACUGAGGGAGAGGUGGGGGUAACUGAGGGGAGGGAGGUGAGAGAGGGGGAUGUGAUUCUAAAGGAGGAAGUGAAAGAUGUCACUCUGACCCUUGAACCCCAGCCCCGCUCACCCCAGGAGGAUAAUGCGAGCUUGGAGGCUGAGCUAAACACAGAAUCAGCGGGAACUUCUUCCGCAGACAACGCCACAACACCACUCACGCACUCUACUGCCAUGACGACAAACCUGUCAGAAUUCCCCUAUACACCAUCCCCUUCCCCUCUUCACACUGCCUUUCACUCAAGACCCAAAACGUCCAUUUCCUCAGCAACGGCCACCCCUCCUCUGGAUCGGUGUGACCCCACCUCUGAACCCUCAGUGGACCGGCUCUGUUCACUCCUCUUCACUGACGUCACCUCGCUCAAGAGCUUUGAUUCGCUGACAGGAUGCGGUGAUAUCAUUGCAGACACAGAGGAGGAGGUGGCAGGAAACGUGGGAGGAGGAAAUGGAGGAGGAGGAAGUGUCACCAGUAGUAGCAGUAGCAGUGGGGGCGGGGUAGUACGCAGCUCCCCAGCUAAAUCCUCCAUUACUAACCAUGUCACCCCUUCCAGCAUUACCCCUACCCCCACUUCAGCCCCUGCCCCCCUCCCAGCCAGGGCACGGCUGAUGCCCUCUCACUCUGCCCCGAUUCAGCAGCCCUCUGGCAGCGGCGUGGUGGCCUACAUGGGGGGUGGCGAGGAGAUGGCCAGCCCUGACGGGGUGGACGACGCAGAUAUGCAGGGGCUCUGGCACAUGCUCCCCUCUGGGGGAGAGAACUCCCCCGCCCUCCCACGACCCAGCUCUCACCCGGCUCCCCCCAGGGGUACAGAGCGGAAACCCCCCCAGYUCAAGUCUCUGGGACUCAGCAAGAUCCCUUUAGUGGGGGGAGGAAGGAUGAGUAAACUACCCACUCAUGCUGCCCGUCAAACCUCCUUGCCCAAUGAGAAGGACACUAAGGAGGAGGUCCAGCCSCAACAGGAUGUCCCGGCCCUUAGAGAUGAGGGCUAUUGGGAUACGCCCUCGGCAACCCCCACGGCAACGCCUGACGACGGCUUCCUGCGGAACCAGAGGAUUGGUUUAUCGCGUGACAGCUACUCUGGUGACGCACUCUACGACCUCUACAAUGAGGAAUUGGACAGAUCUGAUGAAGAGGAAGAGSAGGAAGAAGAUCUGACAAGUACUCCUUCCCUCUCCACUGACGACUACAAACGCAGCGCUCCCUCCCAGACUACUCCUCCUUCCUCUUCCUCCUCUUCAUCUUUCCGCUCGAUGAAGGGAAGCACUAGCCUUCCCCGUGAGUCCAAAAUCCCUCUUAGUGUCAGACAGAACACACCCCCCCACUCUGUGAGUCAAUCAGCUCUUUCUACUGUCCUCGCAGCCACUCCUCCCUCUGACACACCCACCCAAGCUCCUCCCCCAGCCCGGACCAGGAUCCCUGUCUCCAAGGUGCCAGUCCGUCGCCCUGGGAACAAGCCCGGCAACGCUACACGAGGGCCAGCCCCCAGGAAYUAAGUCUGGACCAGGCAGCCGUGGACUUGUGUCUUUGGUUAGAACUAGACAACAUCACUGGACUGGUGUGUAUGACAUUGCCAGACUGAUUUAUUGUGAAAUGCAUCAGACAAUGAUAAAGGCUUGAAAGAGAGUGAUAGUAGCUCUAAACAACACUUCCAUUGAUCCUGGUGGGUCACGCCCCCCCAAAAGUUGAAGUUAAAAACAAAAAAUCUACAUGACUGGACUUGUGUGUAUGGGACACUUUUAAAGACUUCAAGUGGGUGAGGGGAGGGCAUUUCAAAGUUUGGGAUCCACUUUUUCYACAACUCUCAGCGCUUUUGAAUAUUUAAACAAUGGUCACAGAAUUACUCUGCACUGCACACCACUAGGAAUGUCUAGAGAAGCUUUUCUUCUUCUCUUCAAGUCCUUGUUUCUAAAACACAGAUCUUUAUAUGAUACCACGUGUUAAAUCUAAUGACGGCCUAAUCCAAUUAAACAGUUUGUAAUAAUCUAAUCGUUAACGAAUUACCUCCUAAUCCCAGACUACAAUCACAGUCUCAAUCCUCAUCUACAUAUUUUUUAUGCCAUUUAGCAGGCGCUUUUAUCCAAAGCGACUUACAGUCACGUGUGCAAUUAUUUCUACAUAUGGGUGGUCCCGGGAAUCAAACCCAC